AUGACCUUGAAGAAGAGCACGCGUGCUGUCAAUGAAAGCACCCAUGAUAGCAUCCCGAUAAGCGAGUCUAUUCUUUGUACGUACAUACGUGUGCGGGGAAAACGAGACGCAAGUCCGUUGGAGCUCGAAGACAAGGAAUACACCGGCGGAAUCUCGGGCAACAGCCGUCUUGAGAGUAGGAAUUGCCGGAUGUUGUUUCGUCGGACUUUGGCCGUAGGCCGAUGCUUCGAAGCUUCGGAUUCACCGAAGUUAUCUGAUCUGAUUGAGAGCCUAUCGGUCCUCGAUGAUAACAAUGCUGCUGUGGAGAACCCCUUGGAAAAGAGGGCAUCGGGAAUAUCUCUGUCCUUCUGGCAAUCCUGUUGGGGGCAUAUUAUGCUCAAGGAAGGAGAAGUGGGGAAGGUGAUCGGCCCGUUGUUCCGCUUCCCGAGGUCGAGAACCUUUCUUCGGCCGUUGGUUGGUUGGUUCGGAGGAACGGCUUGCCAGCUUCGGGGUAUACACGUGCUAUCAUAUUGA